AUGACACCGUGUCCCCUGGUGUCCCUCCUCCCGACGCUGCCCUCCCUGAUGCGAACAGAACGGCGUCCACUCUGGUCUGUGCCCCUUAUCCCUGCCUGCACCCCACUGGCUCGCCCGCCCUUCCGGAAGGACCGUGCCUCCCCCAUUCUCUCCCAUGUCCUCCAUGUCACUCGCUUCCUAGAGCCGAGAGCCCUUCCCGAGGACGAGGACGGGGGUGGGGGCUGGGUGCCCCACUACCAGAGCUGGCAUCAAGAACUGGCACUAGAACCAGUCUCCAGCAAUCUAACAAAUAAGCAGCUCACUAGCAAGACAGAAGAACUGGAAAGAAAACAACAGAACCAGGAAACUUUGGAUCAGCUGGAAACAGAGAAGAAAGACCACGAGCGGAAGCUGGUGAGGGAGCAAUGUGCACUCCAGGAGCAGUUACAGAGUCACAUCCAGACCACUGGGGUUCUGGUGUCUGAGAAGACGGAACUGAGGGCUGUGCUGGCCCCUCAGCAGGCAGCCAGGCAGAAAGCAGGUGAGUCGGAGGAACUGGCCGGUCGCCUCCAGUCUGCGCAUCUGCGUGUUGGAGAGCUGGAGUGCAUGCUUUCUGCCGUCUCCACCCAUUGCAGACAAUCUGACCAGCACAACAAGGAGCUAAUCCAAGAGAGAGACGCUCUCAAGCAGGAGUUAUCUGAGAACAACAAAGCCAAUGAGGACCUGCAGCAGUGCCACUCCGAGCUGGAGGAGCGGCUCCGGCUCUUGUUGGAGGAGAAGGACACCAUGCAGGCGAGACUGGAGGACCUGGAGAAGAAGCUGGAGAUGUCUGAGCUGCUGUCGAAGCAGGUGGAGGAGAAACAUCAAGAGGCUCAGGAGCUACAGCAGCAGCGGGACCAGUACUUUGGUCACCUUCACCAGUACAUGACUGCCUACCAGCAGCACGUGGCCGCCUACCAGCAGCUGGCCAACGAGAGGGAUGUCCUGCAGAAGCAGGUGCUGCUUAGCACCCAGCUUGUCCACCAGAUGCAGCACAAACAAAAGCAGAACAAGAUGGAGGUGGAUUUGGCCCGCCAAGAGCUGCAGGAAACACAGGGCCGCCUGGAGGCUGCCAGCAAGCAGAACGAGCAGCUGAAGGCCCAGCUGAAGCUCAUGGCUCAGACUGGAGCAAGUGAUAAAUGGACUGAAUGUGAGGAGGAGGAGAAAGAGGCGGACAAGGGUCCCCUGCUGAAGCUCAGCAUCCCGGACGACCUGGACAGCCGCGAGGCCGUGGUGGCAUUUUUUAACGCGGCCUUGGCCGGUGUUGAGGAAGAGUGGGCGUGGCUGUUCAGGCAGCUAAAGGGGCAAAAGCAGCUCUGCCGGUGCCUGGCUCAGCAGGCGGCCCCAUCAGACCAGGAGCCCAAGAAGAUGGAGGCCCCAGCCCCCAGGACCGUGGGGGAACAUGUGCCUGGGGAGACCCACCAGGCCCUUCAGGGAGCCAUGGACAAACUGCAGGGGCUCCUGCAGGAGAAAGCAGCCUUAAAGGAGCGGGUGGAGGAGCUGGAGCAUCAAUGCAUCCAGCUGUCUGGAGAGAAAGAUACCAUCGGAGAAUACAUCAUGCUCUACGCGCACCAGAGAGCACUGAUGAGGGCAGAGCUCCGCGAGAAGGAGCAGCACAUCAGCCGGCUGGCCCAGGACAAAGAGGAGAUGAAGGUGAAGCUGUCGAAUAUGCAAAAGCUGCUUUUCCGGGUGGCAGCCUAGCGCAGCGAAUGGCGGGCCAAGUUCCAAGCAGCCAACCAGAACCCUGCUGCUGAGCCCACUGGUGCACCUCCAGCCCCCAAGGAGCCUGGUGCUGCCAAGGGCCAAGAACCGAGUGAGGUGCGUCUCGCCGCUGCCGUGAGGCCGACCCAGGGAGAGGCCCAGCUGGGCCAGACUCCCCUGGAGAUACAGAGCCCCCGGGAAUGCGUCGCCACCAGAAACAUCCUGUUCUUCCCAUUCUUCUACUGGGCUGACAACAUCGAGGUGGUGAAAAUAAUGGUGGUGUAG